CAGUUGGUAGUGAUUAGUUGGCAACGCUAUUAAUUGAGAAAAUAUAUCUUGUUUAAUUUUUCCGCGUUCGUAGUUUCAUUGAUAUAUUUUUUAAAAAUAUUGUUUAUAAAACAAUUUAUGUGUUACACCAUUACUAUUAUUUCUGAACUAUAACAGCAACUAUGUCUCUACAAGAAUCGUUGAAAGGUUCAGUGUUUGUAGGGAAUGACGCGAACAACGCACCGGCAACAAUUGCAAAUGCAGUCCCAAGUGCAUGUCCUGCUAAUAAUGGAACACCUUUACGUAUAAAAAGUUUUCAUAUAAUGGGUACACCAGCAACAAAUAUUGAUGCUGCUGUGUUAGUAAAUCCAACUAAUACCCCUAAUAACAUACUUCCCAAGGGAAAAACUUUACCCAAAGCUCCAGACGAAUUUUAUCGUGACCUACAACAAUUUCAUGAGAGGCGUGCUACACCAAUUAUGUACACGCCGAAAAUUAGUGGGCGAGAAAUAGAUCUUCACCGACUUUACAGUGAAGUGACUGAACGCGGUGGUUUCAACAAAGUGAAUCAAAGAGAUGAAUGGGAUGAAGUCUUGCCAGUAUUAGAAAUUCGCGAUAAAUGCGUAAAUGCUACUGCAGCAGUGAAGUAUAUAUACAGACGGUGUCUAGAGAAAUAUGAGAGGCAGAACUUUUUCGGCGAAGAUCCAGAUAAAAUGGAAGCACUAGAAUCUGCAGAUUCGAUCGAAGGUGGUGGUCGGUCGCGAAGUCGUUAUCCGGCGUCUAUUUAUUCAAGCAAUAACGUUAAUACCAACGUCAAUGCAGUUCCAAUGGCUUACAAUUACAGCCAACAUAUUGUUAAUAUGGAUAGACGUCGUACUUAUAAAUUCUCUACCGAUCUUCAUAAACCGUCACCUUAUGAGAAGCUGAUGCUAUCUCUAAUUUCACCUCUUCCUAAUGAACAAGAUUUUGCAAUAAAUGUUUGCUCAUUAAUGUCAAAUGAAAAUAAACACACACUAAAGCUGAACGAAUAUCCAAAACUUUUGGAUGUGCUUCUGGCUCAUACGGGAGUGUUUCCAGAUUACACUUUGCGCAAAUUGUUUCAACAUGUUUACACACAAGUACGCGAGCAUUCACUUUUCAAUUUUUGGCGCGACUUAUUACGUGACAAACCACAAAUUUUAAAUUUGUAUUCUGAUGAACAAGCUAUGCGUGACGCAGGACUAAUAAAUGAAGAAGAUACAGAAAAGGUAAAAACAUUUGACGACGACAUGGAUUUGGAUUUUUUAAAUUUGGGACCCGGCGAAGGCACACAAGAGUAUGUAGGUCAACGUGUCCAGCAAAUUGUUGCAAUAUUUCGAAAUCUUAGCUUUUUUGAGGAAAAUAUCAAUGUGUUUGCAAAAAAUCGAUCAUUUAUGCGUUUCAUAGUGAUGGGUGCAAAUAUACGCUGGGGUAAUCUACAUAACCAGAUUUUGGAUAUAGCCGGCAAUAUCGCCACUGAAAUAGAACUGUUAGAUCCAUCGACAGACGACGUUUCACGCAAUUUAUUAGUUACACUCUGCGAUGGCAUUGAAAGUAUGGAUCGCGGUGUAAUCAUAAACAGUUUGGAGACACUUUACAAACUCUGUCAAACCGAUGGCAAUGAGGAACACAUUAACAAGUGUUUAAAUCUUAAGUUUUAUGAAAGCAUUUGUCAAUUUCUUUGUUUAAAUGAUAUAAUGCUUUUAAUAUUUACACUUGAAACGAUAUACGCGUUAACUUCAUUGGGGACAAGGUCAUGUCAUCUAAUAAUGCAGGUACGAGGUAUUGUAGACCAGUUAGUGUCUUUGGUCACUGUCGAAGCCCAAUCAUAUGGGCCAGAUGGUUGUAUUUUGAUGCGAGUUGUAGAAACAGUGCCAGGUAAUAUGUUGCCAAUGGUUGCACAAAACAUGGCGAAUCUGCAAAAUGUCGCAGUUUUACAGAAACCUCCACAUGUGCUUGUGCCAACAUCUCAAUUGCCAGCACCGCAAGCACCUGUACCUAUGCAAGUGAUGUCAACACAAAUUACACCUUCACAUCCGCAAUUGACUACUGUGAAAGUGCCACAAGUUGUAACUGAUUCCUCCCAAAACCCACAACCCAUGUUGGUGGAUCAGACAACUACGAUGCAAACAGCAACGACUGUACAGCAACAGGAAACGUCGACAGUACAACAGAACGUAACGAAUACAGCCCAAGUACCGACUGGUCCGACCCAAAAUUUUUCACACGAGGACGAACAAUAUGCUUUGGCAUGGCUAGGCGCUACAUUUGAGCGAGUAACAACAUCAGAUAGUCACGUAGAGCAACAAGAACUCUAUCGCAUGUACUUAGCUCACUGCCAGAAGUUCGGUAAACACUCUGUUGUUAAUCAUUUACAAUUUCCACGUCUUGUACGCUUGAUAUAUACGAACAAUGUGGGUCCCAUGUCCGCUCGUCGUAGUGAUGGUACGGAAUUGUCAGGUUUUUACUACGUUGGUAUAAGAUUGCGCGCUCAGCCAUUACCCAUACAAUCCACCAAGUUACCUCAAAAUCAGACUCCAACCGCUGGAACAACGCCUGCACGCAAACUGAAGAAAAAACCCAAAUUGCAGCAUGAACCCGAUGUUACAUCUGCGGAUGUUACAACUCCUACACUGACUUCGACUAAUGUAACCACAUCAGCUAUCCAAGAGCUAUCUGAUUCCCAACCAAAAAUUGUUGAAGAAACAACUACAUCUACUGCAUCGUCUGAAACCACAUCCACCAGCUCAACUGGUGACACAACUUUGUUAGUAGUGUCGACAUCAACUUGUUCUACAUCACCAUCGUUGUCUUUACAAAACUCAUCAGAUUCAGCAGUGCAACCUUCUUCUUCACUGAUUAAAAGUUUAUUGGCCAGCAAGGUGACACAACGUCAGCAAAAAAAUCAGAAGGAAAUAAAUACCGGCGCCAACAGUAGCCAGAUGUCGUCGAUUACUUCGACAAAUGCUUCAGUGAACGCUCUUACGCAACAACCAAUAAAAGUUGCCAGUACGGCUAUUAGCGCUUUAGUGAAUAAUCCCCUAAUGCAGAAUACUCCCGUGAAAGUUGGGCAGACUACCAUUAAGCCGCUAAAUCCACAAGUGCCCUUGGAAAAAAUGCCACUGCUUGAAUCAACUCCACCACCAUUGGCACCACUUAGUGGCAAUAAUGUUGCCAAGGAUGCAAGUGGACGUCCAGUAAUUAUUGCCAAUCAAAUGCUAGUAGAAAUACUUGAUAAAAAAGGUGGAGAACCACCAAUGCCCAGCACAAUUAUUAAACGUAAAAUGGAGGAGGGUACGGAAACCGCAAAACGAAUAGCUUUGGAAUCAAUAAACUCCAAAGAGGAUCCCCAAGUAACACCAUCAAAGAACGCCGCUAAUUUAUACGCAGAGAUGGCUGCGUCCAUAUUAGAAGACGAGGAUUUAGAAGACAUACCACCACUACCAGCUGCAACAACGACUUCGUCAACAUCUACUAUCUCAACGCAAUCAAAAUUGAAUGAAUCCAUUCAACAGCAACAAAUGCUAAUUCCAGCAAAAAUUCAACAGUCUAACCUGCCAGGUGUUCAGCGUCAGCUAGUUUUUCAAUCAAGUCAACCGCCUCAGUUAAAGCUGACCGCCCACGGCGGUGUUGCGUCUUCUAAUCAGCUGCCCACAGCCAUGGCUACCAUAAAAACAGAUCAAGGAUUACAAACAGUACCAGUUAUUUUACAACAAAAGCCACUAGACCAAGCACAACCCCAACAGUUGAUACAACAAGUAAUCACACAAAAUAUACCGCAAGCAGCGCCACAGCAACAACCAACUCAGUAUGUGCUUGCCACAAAUCAACAAGGUCAGACAUAUCUUGUGGCACAACAACCGCAGCCACAACCACCACCGCCACAACAAACGUUGUUAGUCACUCAAACGCCGCAACAACAAUCGGCUGGUACGAAAACAAUUAUUAUUCUUCAGCAGCAAACGAUGCCCGGUCAGCAAGCACAUCCUCCGCAACCACAGCUCAUAACAGGUGGUUCACCAAAGAUGAUCAUGAGAACGCCACAGGGUCAAGUGUUAGUAGCACAGCGCCCUCAACCGUCGCUACCCGCAUCAACAACACAGCAGUAUUUCAUAAAUCCACAAACGGGCACAGCUACACAUAUUCAUGUCCCGGUUACCGGUAGUGCCAUUACUGCCAAUGUUUCGAGCAGUAAUCAGUUUCUACAACGCAAUCAAAUAUUGUCAACUUCUCAGGCAACCACUAUCGCCCCAACGCAAACGAGCUCUGGGCAAAUUUCACCGUCGUUACUUUCACAGCUGAACCACAUUCCAGCUACGAUUAAGCUUCAUCAACCACAGAUGCCGACCACAACUGUACCCUCUGUAAAUCAACAUCAGCCAGCAACCAUUUCGCGUUUAGGUAAAACAGUUUCCAUUGUGCAGUCCACACCAGGCUUGACAGUAUCACCGUCGCCCAUACAAAUACCGCAAUUGCAACAGCAUCAAUCUAUUAUACAACAACACAUAAUAUCCGGACCAUCGGAAAAACGUCAAAUGAUACUUGGUGGACGAGCUAUUGAAAUUAAGGAGACAGUAAUUACGCAAGCACCACCACCUGCGCAGCAGAGUCAAUUGAACUCUCAAACGAUUAUAACGAAACAAGUACUGCCACAACAACAACAGCAACAAUCGCCACAACAAAUCCAACCAAUACGCACAGUUGUUGAACAACAGCAGCAUCCAUCAAUUAUUCAACAGAAGUUGUGUUUGCAACAACAGCCCCAAAAGUCUGGUGAACAAACCAAUAUAAUGUACUCUUCUUUGCCAACCAAAUCUCCGACUGCAUCUCAAAGUGGCGUCCAACAAUCAGCAUCACAGUCGCCGCAACCAUCCAGUAAUGUAACUGUUGUGCAACAAAUCAAAGCGCACACACAACAGCAAAUUGCACCAUCUGUUGUUAACAAUAAAAUGGUUGCUUCGGAGCCACCCCCUCUAACUCAGACCGCACGCACAACCAAUACUAACCAACCACAACCAAAGGAAGUUUCCAAACCCAAUGAAGUAUCAAAUAAUUCUGGCAAUACAACAACCGCAGUAGCAACAGUUGCACCAACAGCACAAGCUGUGCCAACUUCAAGUACCCCACCACUAGCAACCACUGUUCAAACGCCAUUACCGAAACCCACACUUCCGAUGCCCCAACUGCCGCAAGUUCAGUUGCCACCUGGUGUGGCAGCGGCCGCUGCAGCCAAUGCAACACCACCUUUAGAUCCCAACUGGUUAUAUGUUUGCGAUUGGCGCAACUGUCCGCGCCGUAAAUACAAAUCUAGUAAUGAUUUGCAGCAUCAUGCCUUUACGGUGCAUUGCCCGGAUCAUCUGGAUCCGGCUGCGGAAAUUUUCUGCCAGUGGGGUGUGGGUCCAGGUCUUUGCGAUGGCAUACCACGCAAACGUUAUUCACUUAUGACACACAUAAUAGAUCGUCACUUGACCCCCGAUAGUUUACAUGCCGCUGCUCAACGACGAGUAGCAACAGGCACAGUAAAUUUGCAGCCGACUCAAUCACCGGUAACUAUAGUUCGGAAUGUAGAGGCGGCACAAGCGCAGGCGCAACGUAACAAUACCGCCUCACCGGCGCCAUCGACAUCAUCGUCCUCAUCUGGUUCACAACUGUAUGGAAUCGGGGUCGCCACUAGUUCAGCUAUGAACGCUAUCAAGCGGCAUACAGCGGACUACGUCAAGGAGGUAAUGGAUGAAAAUGAAGGACCGGUAACGAAAAGCAUACGGUUAACCGCCGCAUUGAUAUUAAGAAAUUUGGUUACCUAUACCAGCACAGCGAAGCGCAAUUUACGGCGUUAUGAACCGCAUCUAUCCAAUAUAGCAUUGAGUAAUGUGGAGUCAAGUGGCGCGAUUUCGCACAUUCUUUUCGAGUUAAAUAAUUAACACUAUAUAUGUACAUAUGUAUGUAUAUCCAUUGUAAUAGGGUUUGUUCUACAUAACAACCUUUUACAUAUAUACCAAACAUAUUCGAAUAUUAUUUUUUAUAUUUUAAUAUUUAAUAUAUGGUGAAAUGAUAUUUCUGCAAUGUAAACAUAAUGGAAACAUUUAGCCUUCCUCCAAGUAAAAACUAUAAUAAAUUACAUAAAUUCUUUAUUAUUUGUUAAAAUAAAGAAACAAAAUAAAAUAUUUUGUAAGACUUAAAUUGAAACUACAAUAUAUUUAAAUAAAAUCUUA